AUGGUCGCAGAACCGUUCGUCGCCGCUCACUCGGCUCACGCUAGCGAUUCCGUCGGACAUCACAUCAUCCACAUCUUCGGGAAACCUAUCGUUAUGGACGUUCCUGUCUCUGCGGUCAUCCUUUCUCUGAUCGGAGCGAUCGCUCUAGGAAAGCUGGUCGUCUCCAUCCUCGUCUUCCUCGCCGAGACUUUCCUCUUCACCGGAGAAAGCUUGAAGACAUUCGGAGCCAAACAAAACAGAUGGGCAGUAAUCACCGGUUGUACGUCCGGGAUCGGGGAAGCUUUCGCCAAGCAACUCGCCAGGGCUGGAUUCAACGUGUGUUUGAUCGGGAGGAACGUGGAGAGUCUGAGGAAGCUGGAGCAAGAAAUCUCGGCCAAGUCGCCCUUGGUGCAGACCACCGUCAUCCCCAUCGACCUCUCUCAUCCGACUCCGGAAACAUUCUCCGCCUACUCUAAAUGGAUCGCCCAGCCUGAAGUCCAAGUCGGCGUGUUGGUCAACAACGCUGGGGUUUCUCACUCGAUGCCGGUGUCUUUCGCCGAGACAACUUUGGAGGAGAUGGACAACAUCUUGCAGGUCAACAUCCACGCCACCCUCCUCCUGACCCGUCUUACCCUCCCGCACCUGCUCACCAAGAAAUCCACCCCUGGUCCCAAAGUCAAAUCCCUCAUCCUCAACAUCGGUUCUUUCGGCGGGACCGUGCCCUCCCCUUUACUGGCUACUUAUUCCGCCUCAAAAGCUUUCCUCGCGACCUGGAACAAGGCUCUGGGUGAAGAGGUCAAGAAGGAUGGCGUUGUCGUUAGGCUCGUCUUGCCCGGUUUCGUCGUCUCGAAGAUGUCCAAGAUCAGGCGUCCGUCGAUGAUGGUCCCCACCCCGCAGACGUUCGUCUCAUCCACCCUAAAGUCUAUCGGACUGAACCGAGGCGCACAGUCGAGGGUAUACGAGUCCACUCCGUAUUGGACUCACGCGGCGAUGGAUUACAUCGUCGGAUUCGUGCCUGAGAGUAUUACCGUUUGGUACAACUUGAGGCUGCACAAGGAUAUCAGGGCGAGGGCUUUGAAGAAACAACAGCGAGACAAGCUCAAGAGCCAGUAG